AAAGAGCAACAAAAAAAAGAUACACUGAAGUGCAUCACCUUGAGAAGCUUAAAGUACCUGGUGUCCGCAUGCUGCCAAAUAAGAAGGACAUUUUCUGAUAACUUCGCUACUUCUGUGAUUUCCCCUUUUGAAUGAUUAUGGAGGCUGCGAAGUUGGUGCUCUUGCUUUUGUUGGUCGUGUUGGUGCAGGUUCUCGGCGGGCUGGGGGCUCCGCUUUCAGGCGAAGAGGAAAGCGGAGAAAUCUGGACAGUGAAGAACUGGCAGGGUUACCCGUUAGAGAGAGGAAUAACUAUUCGGCUGGCAGAUCUUAUCAAGCGUUCCAAAGGACAGCAGUUCCAUGGGCUGAUGGGAAGAAGCCCAGUUUCAGGGGCACCUCAGUCUACUAGGCUGGGCAGGAAAAGAAAUAACAACAAAGGGGAGAUGUUUGUUGGACUCAUGGGCAGGAGGAGUUUAGGUGGAGACAUGGAAGAGGAUGACUGGAAAUCUGAGUCAUACUGAGCAUAAAAUCUGGAGAGAAAAAUCCCUAACCACCAUUGUGAUGGCUCCAUUUGAAUUUCACAGCCAUUUUCAGUUCUAUGCUGUCGAUCGACAGGAAAUAGUGACCAAAACAGAUUAUCUAAUUACCUGACGGAGUAAACUGAAAUAAAUGCAAGCUCCUAAAAUAAAAACUACAUUUAUCACCUGUCCAUCUCUGUGUUCCAAUCUAUUGUAUGUUGUCAAUGAUCAUAUGUUAUCACAUUUACGAUUAUGUAAAUAUUUAUUUUCAACUGAAACUUUUGGUUCCAUCAUUUAAGUGUCAUCUUUUUGUGUUGCUACUGUUAAAGAAAAUGUUGUUGAUUUGGAAAAUUGUAGCAGCAUGGCAAUUAAUUUUUGUACUGCUGGUCUUUAAAACAUGUUUGAUUCUAUGGGGAAAACAAAUAUGUUCCAUUUUUUUUGUGAUUGUACAGUGAUGGGAUAAUGUUGCA